UGAAAAGGCACAUUCAAGAAGAGCUUGCACUCCAGCGCAACGUUCAGUGAAGCACAGACGCACAGUCUCUCUCCUCGGGUCUCUUUCGAAACAUUUGGUGGAGCCAAACAAAAAAUAAGCAGCCAUGGAUGCCAUCAAGAAGAAGAUGCAGAUGCUCAAGCUCGACAAGGAGAAUGCCUUGGACAGAGCUGAGGGAGCCGAGGGAGACAAGAAGGCAGCAGAGGACAAGAGCAAACAGCUCGAGGAUGACUUGGUAGCUCUGCAGAAGAAGCUGAAGGGAACAGAGGAUGAGUUGGACAAGUACUCCGAGUCUCUUAAGGAUGCCCAGGAGAAACUUGAGGUGGCUGAGAAGACAGCCACGGACGCUGAGGCCGAUGUCGCUUCCCUUAACAGACGUAUCCAGCUGGUUGAGGAGGAGUUGGAUCGUGCUCAGGAGCGUCUGGCAACUGCCCUGACCAAGCUGGAGGAGGCUGAGAAGGCGGCUGACGAGUCCGAGAGAGGCAUGAAGGUCAUUGAGAACAGGGCCUCCAAGGAUGAGGAGAAGAUGGAGCUGCAGGAUAUCCAGCUGAAGGAGGCCAAGCACAUCGCUGAGGAGGCUGACCGCAAAUACGAGGAGGUUGCCCGUAAGCUGGUCAUCAUUGAGAGUGAUCUGGAACGUACAGAAGAGCGCGCCGAGCUUUCAGAAGGCAAAUGCUCUGAGCUUGAGGAAGAGUUGAAAACUGUGACCAACAACCUGAAGUCACUGGAGGCCCAGGCUGAGAAGUACUCACAGAAGGAGGACAAGUACGAGGAGGAGAUCAAGGUCCUCACUGACAAGCUGAAGGAGGCUGAGACUCGUGCUGAGUUCGCUGAGAGAUCAGUAGCCAAACUUGAGAAGACCAUCGACGACUUGGAAGAGAAACUGGCACAUGCUAAAGAAGAGAACCUCGAUAUGCACCAGAUGCUGGACCAGACUCUAAUGGAACUAAAUAACAUGUGAAAGCCUGGUUUACCCACUAUGGUUUGGGCUUUCUGUAUUUGUACCUCGCAUGCCAUGAACCCUCCUUCCAUUCCAUGCCCAUGUUGAGGAACACAAACCGAUGCUUUUCCUUUUACACCAUCCUGCUUUCAGUGGAACUCAACAAGGAAGGUACAGCAUUUCCUUAAUGAAACCCAGAAUGAGAAACACUUCUAUUUUUGCCAGCUGAAUGUAUAAUGUCAGCAUUUUGUAAUCAUUGAGUUUAGUUUAUUUUUGACAAGUUAUCAGGUGAAAUUACGUGCCAUUUGCUACGAAGGUUAUUUUUAUCUGCAUUUUAUAGAUUGAAGGGGAUGACUCUGGCACCCCAUUUCACCCUGGUUAUGCACAUACCUUACAUUUCAAUCAAAGACAAAGUGGAAUAAUGUUUCACUUAAUUCAACUUCAACGUACAUACAGAAUUAGUAGUGUAGGAGAACAUGAUUUUAGUUUUUGAAGACUUUUGUAUUAAACUUUCCCCAAGUAAGUAUACAUUGGAUAAGCCUGUUCACAUGUAUAUUGGUGCUGUGUUAGGGGGUUGUUCCACCAAUUCGGUGCCUUAAUGAGAAGUGUUUCUUGAUGUCACCUAAUUUAAACAUUCUGUGAUCAAGAGCACAUUCAUGUUCAACGUUUUCCCAUCUCAAGACGUGGAAAAAAUACUAUAGUAAGUGUCAAAUAAAGUAACGGUUGGUCAGACUGUAAUCUUAAAUCCCCUUGUGACAUGGGGAAUAGAAGUUUGUGUGCAACGGAGUGGUAAUUGAAGCCUGUAUCUAUGGGUAACAGAGUUGACAUGUUAUGCUCGACCCACUCUGUUUUCUGAUUUGACUAUUCGAUACAUUUUUCAAAAGAAACAUUGUUUUCGAAAGGAAUAGUUUCAAAGAAACAAAAUGAUGAACUGUAAAGACAUUUUAGGGUUAAAUGGGGUCAAAUCUUCCUAGAGGAUUUUGCCACUUUAGCAAGUAUUUAUUCUAUAAAAAAAAUCUGAUUUAUUGAAUUCUCCAUGUUUAUAUUAAAUGGCACUUCCUUUUAAUAUAAACUGCUUUUCAAAUUCAGUAUUGGUGCACAAUUUCUACUUAAUAUAUCAGAGGGAUGCAAAAAGCACUUUUUGUGGAAAAACCCUAGGACAUUUUAGGAAAGGCCAAAAUUAAUUUUGUUAUUUUUUUUGGCCUAUAUCAAUCCAUGGCUAGAAAGGGAUCUACUUGUACUUCUGGAGUGUAUUUUGUUUUUCUUUUCAUCCUUAAACUCAUUACAAAAUCUCUAUGGCAACAUUCUUGCUAAAUGCAUUCCUGUUUUUUUUUUUUUUUGUUUAAACCAUGGUUCGGAACAACAAUUUUGUAUUGUCUAGAAAUUUGAUUUGAAUCAUGUGGGUCUGCCUCACUUUUACUAUUGUUUUAUGAAAUUAGAUGUUUUAAAUGUAUAUCAUCUGACAUGUAAAAAUAAAUAAAAUUGUGAAUAUAAAUAAAAUUGCACAGUUUGAGAUUUUCUAAA